UCCCUCUGUCCGAGUUGCAAAAAUAAAAGAGUGAUCUUUCCAUGGUGUCCAAACUCUUGAGCGUGCCCUGUCGCCUCGAUAGAUUCUAUAUCAUGGCUCAUUAUGUCUUGAAAGACGAUGGAUGUGCCCAGAUUAGUCAUUGUUUUAGUUUCUUCUUGAGACGGGGCAGAAUCAGGUGUCACUAAUCAAGCCAAUUCUGGAGCUGCAAAAUUUGCAAUAGUUCUUGCAUGUGAAUGUAUCUCUUUAAGGGCUUUCUCUUGAAUUAGGCAAUUUAAUUUCUUUUUCUCUCUUUGAGGUUUGUACCAGCAUGCAGUCUGUCUCCGUGCUGUCCAAUCUUGAGCUAUUUCCUCCUACAUACUUUCAUUUAUGCCUGAAGUUCUCAUGUCUUGCUUGCAGAUAUCUCUGUAGGUUAGUCUCUUGGGUCUAACUCCUUCCACAAGCUCAGCAUAGAAGAUGUCUUUAAAAAUUCUUCCAUCUGGCAUGUGGGUGACAUAUCCAAGCCAACAUAGCCUUCUCUGUGUCAAAAGAGCAUUGGUACUGUACUUAUUGGCCAGUUUGAAAAUGUCCUGAUUGGAGAUAUGAUUCCUACAGGAGAUGCACAUUAUGCAUUACAGGCAGCGCAUAUAAAAACAAUCUAUGCUCCUUGAUACAUGUAUAGCAUUUUGACCAGCCCUCAUUGCUAUAUAGAAAAGUGCUCACUAAACAAGCAUUGUAGACUAACAUUUAUGGUUGCUUUGGUCAAUUUCUCAUUUUUCCAGACACAAUUGGAGUUAUGCCAUUGCUGCAGAAACCUUUCCAAUUCUUUUUGUCAACACAGUGUCUAAAUUUAGGGUACUGGUGAUAGUUAAUCUCAGGUUGGUAAAUUCCUGCACCAGUGUAAGGGUGUGAUUUCCAAUAUGUAUCUUGGAUGUUUCUGUGACAUCUUGUGCCAGAAAUUCAUUCUUGGUGAGUCUUAUUGUAAGACUGAACUCUUGACAUGCAUCUGUCAAAGCAUUUAUUAGCCUUUGUAAUCUUUCUUGUGAAUGAGAUGUAAAUGCUGCAUCUUAUGUCAAACAGCAUUUUCCCAAUCAAGAUACACUGUCUUUUUGUUUUGGCAUUUAAAUGAGCCAGGUUCUAAAGCUUUCCAUUAGAUCUAUUGUGGAUGCAUACUCCAUCUUCCAGGGAUUUAAAAGCACUGGUGAGGGCAAGUAAAAAGAAGAUGCCGAAUAGUGUUGAGCAUAGUCAGAAAGGCUUAUGCAAGAGUAAUACUAAAGUGGCUACAGAUUGUGUCGGAACUAGUUUAUCCUGAGUCACAGUGUGGCUUUAGGGCAGGUAGAUAUACAACAGAUUUGAUUUUGUACUUGCAGCAGCUACAGGAGAAGAACAGAGAACAAAAACAGCCCCUCUUUAUAACAUUUAUCAAUGUGACCUGAGUUGAACUCCAAUUUAUAGCAAGGCUGGAAGGAUUAGUCCUCCGGUAGAGCAUUGGGAUCGAUGUGACCAAAGCUUUUGACCUAGUCAGCAGAACCGGUCUGAGAAAAAUUUGCUACCCAAACAAGCUACGGAAACUAGAUUCAGCUUUUCAUGAAAAUUUACAUGUCAAGAAUUUUUGGUUUCCCAGACCUCUCAAGAUGGAGCAAGUCUCAGGCAGUCAACAAGAAUAUGAGACAGGGUUUCCUCUUCUUUCCGGCAGCGGGGCAUUGUUCGUCAAAGUUUGGCCAUAGCCGUGAGAAAUAUGAAACUGAUAGAUCUAUAUAAGAUUUAGAUCUCUUCAAUAAUAAUAUAGAUCUAGAUCUAGAAUCAAUUUCACCCUUUUUUGUUUUUGUUUUUUGCAUCCUUUACUCAAAAGGCGAGUAAUUUACAGCUUUAAACACAGCACACUCUUCUUUGAAUCUUAUCUAUACACGUACGUUGGUCAAAAGUAGAUGUAGAUCUUUUCAUUCAAUUUUAUUAAUUGUUAUUGUUUAUUUCAACCUUUUCCAAAUCUAGAUCUAAAAUAAAGAAAGAGAAAAUGUGUGAAAAUAAACAUAGAAAAACUGGAACAAAAGAUAGUUAAGCACUAAAAAAAAAGUUUUAAUUAUUCCCUUUAAUUGUAACUCAUAUCAUAAAACACCUCAACUACUGUGGUGAACUUAAAAUACAUAAUAAUAUCCCCUUCUAACAAGACAUUUAAUAAUCAUUUACAAUAACUCUAAUUGUUUUGAUUCUUAGUUCUAGAUCUAGACGAUAUAUAGAUCUAUUCAUAAAUUUACUUGUAUUAAUUGUUUCCAUUCAUUUUGACUGUGUCUUUAUCUCUGUUUACACAUUUGAGACCAAAUUCGCUGCCGAGGGCAGACACAGACAGUGAAAAGAAAAUCUUAACCCACCACGGGCGGACAAUGGUCAUGCUUUUCCUGGAUGUGGCAAAAUAUAUACCUGAUAUUUAAAAAUGCCUAGGGCAUGUUCACAAUGUGGAUGUACAGAAAUUGAUGCUGAUCCAGUCAGAGGAGAUGCAGUGUGUACUAAUUGUGGUACAGUUCUAGAGGAUCAAAUUAUUGUCUCAGAAGUACAAUAUCAAGAGAAUGCAGCUGGAGGGGCUUCUGUGAUUGGCCAAUUUGUCUCAAAUGAUGGUUCAAGAGCACAGACAUUCCGUGGAGCUUAUGGUCAUGGUUUCAGCUCUGAAGAUUCUAGGAAGCUGACCUUAGAAAAUGGUUAUAGACGGUUAAAGGAAAUAGGCAGCCAGCUUCGAAUGCAUCACAGUAGCAUUGAAACAGCAUUUGGUUUCUUUAAGUUGGCAGUGGCUCAUAGAUUCACAAGUGGAAGAAAGAUGGAAUAUGUUCUGGCCUCAUGCCUAUAUCUUGUUUGCAGAGUGGAUCCUGGAGGCAGUGAAGAUCUGGAAUUGAUGUUAAUAGAUUUCAGUGAUUUAAUACAGGUAAAUGUUCAUGUACUGGGUAGAAUCUUUGUACAGCUUGCAACAGAACUAUCACAGAAUAUCAGAAUAGUUGAUCCUAUAAUUUACAUUAGACGUUUUGCUAAUCAACUACAUUUUGGAGAUAAACUUAAUAGAGUGGUGGAAUCAGCAUCUCGCUUGGUAGCUAGGAUGAAGAGAGAUUGGAUGCACACUGGCCGUCGUCCAGCUGGACUUUGUGGUGCAGCACUACUCAUCUCAUCGAGAAUGCACAACUUUAACAGGACUAUUGAUCAGAUUAUAAGAGUGGUCAAAGUAUGUGAGAGUACUGUUAGAAAAAGAUUGCUGGAAUUUGAGAGUACCCCAUCUGCUCAACUAACUAUUGAAGAGUUUGACAAUGUUGAUUUAGAGGAAGAACAGGAUCCCCCAUGUUUCACUGAAGGGAAAAAAAAAGCAAAAUUGGCACAAUUGAAGGAAGAAAUACCAGACACUAUGAUCAAGGAGAUGAACAAAUUUGAAAAAAAUAUCAGUAAAUCCUUGAAGAGAAAACCAAUAACUUUGGAGGAUGCCCUUGAAAGUAUAACAGAUGUAGAUAAAGCAGUGAAGAUUAUAGAUGAGGAGACUAUCCUGCAAAUUGCUCAAGAAGAUUUGACUAAAGGAGAGUGGUCUGGAUUAGAGGGGCAAGGUUAUCAUGUGAACGAAAGUCUUGACUUGACUGCUGAUUGUACCACAGAAACUAGCAACUCUUGUGGAAAGAUAGUAGACGAGCCCCAGCAGUCACACAGUCCAACUGGUGAAGUUGACUUAACAAAAAACUCUAAUGUUGUUGAAGAUGGGGAACUAGACUUGACUGGUAUUGAUGAUGAGGAACUUGAUAAGCUGAUAGUAACUGAAGAAGAAGCAAGUCACAAAGCUAAAUGGUUUGAUUUAGAGUUUGGGGCUCAUAUGGAAAUUGUCAGAGACAGAGAAGAAAAAAGAAGAAUUAAAGAAGAAGCUACAGCAAAAAGAAAAGAAAAAAAUCCCAAGACAAAAAAAAAGAAAAAAAAAGGUGGCUAUGACUUAGAGACAGAGUUGGCGGAGUGUAUGGAGAUACUAAAAAAAGACAUGAGAGAAAAGAAGUUCUCAGAUAAGAUCAACUACAAUGUCCUUAAUACACUAGAUGCUUUUCCAUCUCAGAGUGAACCUGUCAUUCAAACACCUAUUGAAAUAUUAGAUGAUAAUGUCAAGGAAGUACAAAAGGAUAACAGACAUUUGUAUUUUGUUUUUUUAAGGUUGAAGAAGUCAGGUCUAGAGAUCAAUGAAGUUAAGAAACCAAGCAACAAGAGAGUUAGACUACAAGAUAAGGGAGAAAUAGAAGAGAAGAAACCAAAAAUCACCACACAAGAAGAACUGAAGCCAGUCAUUAUUAUUGACCAGAAUUCUUCUGUGUUACCAUUAGAAGAAGAUGAUGGUCUAGAGGAUGUAGAAGAUGAGGAGGAUGAAGAUGAUGAAUAUGAUGAGGAUGAAGACAGUGCUAAAAUACUCAGUGCUCGUCAGUUACUAAGUCAGGAAGUUUCAGCAUAUGACGAUGAGGAUGACUACUAUGGCUAUGACAUUCACUAGCAUUGGCUUAGCUUUAUUUUAUAAAACCUGUAAAUAAACUGUAAUAUAAAGUUCAUCUUUUGGUCCAUGUACACAUUUCUUGUAGAGACUGGCAUUUUCAACCACAAUUUAUGUAGAAAUAUGUAUUAUAGGUUUAUUUAUUUCUAUAAAUAUUUGUUUAUUAUAACUAGGAGACUUGUGUGUACAAUAUGUACGUUUGGUAAAAUGGUACUUAAAAACUUUUAUUUAAAUUGCUAAAUGAAUAGAAUGUUGUUAUUUUUUAAACAAAUAUAGUAGUUGUAGGUCUUUCUAAAACAUUUUUGUGUGAAAGAAUGUUGGUAAUACUACCACAAUAUUGAAAUAAUAAAGGCAAAAUGAUUUUUUUCAAUUUCAUUCAAAUGUGAGACUGAUGUGUAGGUACAAACUAUAAAGUCAAAUAUCAUUAAAAUUCAUGGAAUCAACUCAAUCACAUAUAACAUAAUAAAUAACAUAAUGUAAAACAAUAAUAAUAAUAAUAAUAAUCUUUAUUGUCCGUAUGGAAAUUUGUCUUACAAUUUGUGCAUUACACCAAACAAAAAACAAUAUUUUUACAAACCAUUCUGGCAAGUGAAUAGAGUUAAAACUACUCUUAAACAUUCCUUGGGAGAGAAACUAUCACAUAUGAUCCUUUGAUGUUUUCUGAAAGUAAAUAUAUAUUCUUGAUUUCAAUGUAUUUAAACAAUGACAUCACAAUAAAAAAAAAUAUGUAAAGUAAUUCAGACCAUGAUCUUACUUUUGUGUGUACGUGCAUGCAUGCAGAUUAGUUUUCUAUGCCAAAGCAUACAUGUUUAAACAGAAUAUCCCAAAACCUUAUUCUGUAAUGUUCAUAAAUGAAAAGAAAAGUUUUACAAAUGAUUAUGUGCAAUAAUGUGCAUGACUAGGGUGUUUAGUUACAGAUCAUUUAGGGUUUGUAAAUUAUAAGCUGUACAUAAAAAAAUUAAAAUAUGGAGUAUUACCAUCACAAAAGAGAUACAAGACACCGAUAGCAAAGACAAACAGACACAAACACUCUUUUGUUCCCCUGGCAAUCAAAUUAUUAAAUAAGAACAAUCUGGUAUAAACUUUGUCACAUGUAAAUUAUGAGUGAGUCUGGUGUGAAUGUACACUUUGGUUUCUUAUAGUUAUAAUGUUUUUUGUUUGGUGUAAUGCACAAAUUGUAAGACAAAUUUCCUUACGGAUAAUAAAGAUUAUUAUUAUUAUUA